AUGAAGGCUCAAGUUGUUCUUCAAAUUCUCUUGGCUACGGCCCACCUCGCUGUUGCUCAAGGAGGCGGUAAUGGAGGUAAUGGUAAUGGCAACGGCCAAGGCAAUGGUAACGGUCAAGGCAAUGGUAACGGUCAAGGCAAUGGUAACGGUCAAGGCAAUGGUAACGGUCAAGGCAAUGGUCAAGGCUAUUACCCACCACCAGCAAAGGAGACUUUGAUUUCCACAGCUAGUGGAUCAUCAAGCGUCGGUCAAGUUCAAUCUUCAAACUGCCAAUGUUACCCAUGGGGUGAUGGAGCAGCAGGUCUAGAUGCCAGUACCUUACAGUUGCAAGGUGCCACUACAAACGCAGACUCUAGCUUCCUUCAUAUCAUUGACACCACUCCCCCCAAGAGACCAUGGAAGAGACAACGUGGUGGAGAUGGCGACAAUGACCGAGGAAACGGCGGGCGGAAGCCAAAGACAAGCACAUCAGCACCAGCAGCAGCUUCAGCCUCAGUAGAUGCCACUCAAGUUGGUAUCAACGCAGUUGGUGGUGCUAGCUCCUGGUCAGGCCCAUAUGGCUCUGGCGCCUAUGGUGGCCCAGCCAUUGGUGCCAACUACCAAGAUAUUGAUGGAAGCUGCGUGUGCCCUCCAGGUCAAAAGCCUUACCCCAAGCCAAAGGGUGAUGCCGAGUCUAGCCCUACCCCUAUCGCUCCAACUCCAGAAGCAACUGGAGGUGCUGGAGGACGCCCUGGAAGUAACAACGGUGGUAACAGUGGAAACAACGGUAAUGGCAAUGGCAAUGGCAAUGGAAACGGAAAUGGCAACGGUAACGAGAAUGGUAACGAGAACGAGAAUGAAAAUGAGAACGAAAAUGAGAACGAGAACGAGAAUGUAAGGAGAUCUCUGAUCUUGCACUUCCUGCCCUCCACUACCAACGUCAACCAGAACUCCAACACCAAUGUUAAUGUCAAUGACAAUACCAACGCCAACAUUAACAAGAACUUGGGUUUCAACCUCAACAGUCUCACCAACAACAACGGCUGGGGACCAUGGUACGGAGGAAGCAAGGCUGCUGCAGUCGCCGCUGACCCAGCCGGAACUGCCCUUCCCGCCACCAGCCCCGCUGCUACCGAUGCCACCUCCCCUGACACCUUCGUCCCCCAGGCCUCCACUGGCGAUGCCUCCGGAGUUGAACAAUUCACCGGUGCAGGAAGCAGCAUUGCCAUCUCCGCAUGGGGAUUCCUCGCUGCCGUUUUCGCCAUCGCAAACGUCUUGUAG